AUGGGCAGCGUGAAUCAGCUGGGCGGGCUCUUUGUGAAUGGCCGGCCCCUGCCUUUGGACACUCGGCAGCAGAUUGUGCAGCUAGCGGUCAGCGGAAUGCGGCCCUGUGACAUCUCACGGAGCCUUAAGGUAUCUAAUGGCUGUGUGAGCAAGAUCCUAGGGCGUUACUACCGCACGGGUGUCUUGGAGCCCAAGGGUAUUGGAGGAAGCAAGCCUAGGCUGGCCACACCCCCUGUGGUGGCUCGAAUUGCCCAGCUGAAGGGUGAGUGCCCAGCCCUCUUUGCCUGGGAGAUCCAACGCCAGCUUUGUGCUGAAGGGCUUUGCACCCAGGACAAGACUCCCAGUGUCUCCUCUAUCAACCGAGUCCUGCGGGCGCUACAGGAGGACCAGGGACUUCCCUGGGCACAGCCCAGGUCAACAGCUGUUUUGGCUCCGGCUCCUCCCACUCCCCAAAGUGGCUUUGAGGCUCCCCGGGGUCCCCACCCUGGGACCGGCCACCGGAAUCGGACUAUCUUCUCCCCAGGCCAAGCAGAGGCACUAGAGAAAGAGUUCCAGCGUGGGCAGUAUCCUGAUUCAGUGGCCCGUGGAAAGCUGGCUGCUGCCACCUCUCUGCCUGAGGACACGGUGAGGGUCUGGUUUUCCAACAGAAGAGCCAAAUGGCGCCGGCAAGAGAAGCUCAAGUGGGAAAUGCAACUGCCAGGUGCCUCCCAGGGUCUGACUGUACCGAAGGUCUCCCCAGGGAUCGUCUCUGCACAGUCCCCUGGCAGUGUGCCCACAGCAGCCCUGCCUGCCCUGGAACCACUGGGUCCCCCCUGCUGUCAGCUGUGCUGGGCAACAGCACCAGACAGGUUUCUCAGUGACCCUCAAUCCCAAGCCCGACUCAAGCCCUGCUGGGGCUACUUGCCCCCACAGCCGAGUUCCCAGGACUCAGUACUACUUCGCUGUCCAUGUCCUCCCUCACCAGUCUUGGUGCCCCUCAGACCCUGCCCCGGCCUGGCUCCCUGCUACUAUAAGGCCUGGGAGGAGGCAAGAGGCCCCAAGUGGGAAGGAGAUGGCUGA